AUGCUCGCCACAACACUCCUCCUCGCCACGGCACAACUAGCCGCUGCCAUAAACUUCGCGGACUGGGACCCACAGCCCGGACUUCCGGAGGAGGUCAAGCCGUUCCUUGAAGCUCUCGUCAACGCAGCCGAGGACGGCAGCGUCACGACCGGCUACACCGACUACUUCCCCGCCGAUGGCAUGCAGACUACCGAGACUAUUCACUGCGUCGGUGCCGCGGGAAUCCAGAAGUGCAAGGAGGCGUUCCUGGUUAAUGGAAGGGAGCUCGUGCACUUCCCAAACAAGACAUUUGUCGCAUCGAAUAACGACACCGCCACAACGUACGAAUCAUGGGGCCGCAUGGAACAGACCUACCCGGCGCCUAUCAGCAAUUGCUCUCAGCUCUACUACCAAACUCAGUACACAGUCUUGAAGACAAACAAGAGUGUAGAUGCUCUCCCAAACCUGACGCCUGAGCCCCAACAACAGGUGUACUGGUACCAUGACCUCGUGGUCAGCCGAUUUGCUGUUAUUUCCGACAUCCCAUGCGAUAGCAAGGAGACGGCCAAGAGGAGCCUUCCAUUCGUGGGAUAA